AUGGCUCCUACAUUAGAAGACGUCACUGGCCUUAAGGAACUUGUUAAGCAGCUUCAGGACCGGAUACACAAGAUCGAGCAGAGCAUUGUUGGAAAUGGCGAUGUUCAGACACCCAGCGAACAACUUAGAAUGAUCCUUAUGGGCCCUCCUGGUGCUGGGAAGGGAACUCAGGCUCCUAAGAUCAAGGAGAAGUUCUGCGUCUGCCAUUUGGCCACUGGCGACAUGCUUCGUUCGCAAGUCGCGAAGAAAACCCCGCUCGGCCGAGCGGCGAAGAAGAUCAUGGACGAAGGCGGGCUUGUCAGCGAUGAAAUUAUGAUUGGAAUGAUUAACAACGAGCUUGAGACGAACGCUGAGUGUAAGAACGGCUUCAUUCUUGAUGGAUUCCCACGUACAGUUAUUCAAGCAGAGCGUCUGGAUUCUAUGCUUGAAAACCGCGGAGGAAAGCUUGACCAUGCGGUUCAGCUUGAGAUUGACGAUGCUCUUCUCGUGAGCCGUAUCACUGGUCGUCUCGUGCACCCGGCUUCUGGGCGUUCUUACCACCGUCUUUUCAACCCUCCUAAGGAGGAGAUGAAGGAUGAUAUUACCGGUGAACCUUUGAUUCAGCGAAGUGACGACAACGCGGAGACUCUGAAGAAGCGCCUUGUAACAUAUCACCAACAGACUUCCCCGGUAGUCGACUACUACAAGAAGAAAGGCAUCUGGCAGGGCGUCGAUGCUUCCCAGGAACCUGGCCAGGUCUGGAAGACAUUGUUGGGAAUUUUUGACGAGAAGAGCGGCCAGAAGAGUUCAAUCCUAUCUAAGGUUGGAUUGUCAAAAUAG